AUGCCCGACGACUCCAUUCGCCCUCUCAUCUACGCCCGCUCGUUCUCCCCCGCACCGACCUUCGAAGCCCUCAAUCCUACUAGUAUGGACAAUCUGGAUCUCGCCGGGGGUAACGUGCGGAGGAAAGGGACGGUAUCAUGGGUCCUAGCGCUCUCCUAUGUUUUCGACUGGGCGGUACUCGCCGCCUUUGCCGCCAUCGGCUACGUUCUAGGGCAUAUCACUCCGAAUAAACGGCCAUUCUCUCUAGACGACCGCAAUAUCGCCUUUCCAUUCACCGUCAACGAGACAGUUCCGGUCUGGCUCGCGGUCGUUAUCGCUAUCAUCGCCCCCAUCUUCUUGAUCAUAGUUAUCUGCCUCAUCUUCGUUCCCGGUGCGACAGUCCCCGUUGGGACUCCCAAGUCCCUGAUAUGGAAGCGCAAGCUCUGGGAGCUGCAUACAGGCCUGCUCGGGCUCGCAUUGUCCGUAGUCGCGGCUUGGUUUAUCACCAACGGCAUGAAGAACUUGUUUGGAAAGCCACGGCCUGAUCUAUUGGACCGAUGCCAACCUGACCUGGACAACCUCUCCAAGUAUAUCAUCGGCGGCUUAAAGGGGCUGAAAACAGCGACCACGAGCGGCCAGCUCGUGAGCCCUGACAUUUGCAAGAAUCCGGACAAGUCCACCCUAGACGAUGGUUUCCGCAGUUACCCAAGCGGGCACUCGAGUUCUUCAGCUUCAGGGCUUAUCUACUUCUCCCUUUUUAUUGCCAGCAAGUUUGCCAUCACGAUCCCGUUCCUUGCCCCGGCCGGUUUCGCCGACGCCUCCGCCUUCACCGCGUUCCCUUCCCGCACACGUUUACCGAGCAUCAAGGUCUCAGGGCCCGACACCUACGAACUUUCCAACCGCGGACCCGGCGCGCCCACACCAUCGACGCUAGACUCGGCUCUAGGCAACAAGGGGAUCACGCGCCACAACCAAACCGUCUCGGCAGUCCGGCGGCAGGCCGCGGCGCCACCCAUCUACCUUCUCUGCCUCGCUGUCCUGCCCUUCUUCGCCUCGGUCUUCAUCGCCGGCUCGCGGUGGUGGGACUACCGCCACCACGGCUUCGACAUCAUAUUCGGCUACCUUAUCGGCGCCGUCUCGGCCAUCUUCGCCUUCCGCUACUACCACCUGCCCAUCUCCAGCGGCGCUGGGUGGGCGUGGGGACCCCGCAGCCACGACAAAGCUUUCUGGGCCGGCGUGGGGAGCUUUAGCUAUGCUACGGACCAUUUGCGCGGGCAGUACCGGUCUGGGGAUGAGGAGGAGGCUCUCACCGGCGGCGAUGGGUAUGGGCGCGGCAGUGGCAUGAGCGGUAAUACGGAGCCGCCUUCCUCGCGCAAGGGGCCCAGCCCGGAUGAUCGGGAUGUCUCGUACGUGGGCGAGGCGCGGAUCUAG